GCCUGUGUACAACCUGUGACAUCAUUUGAUGUAACUCCCCUUCAAAGGCAAAGUUGGCUCACAAAUAUUACUGAUUUAUCCGAUUCCUUGCAUCAGUCUAUAGAAAGAAAUGAACAAAAUGCACAGGCCUGUUCUUCAAAUCCUUGCACAAAUAUCCAGGGGAGGAAUUUGUCAGAACCGUUUUGCUCUGCCUGCUUUGGCAUUGCCAUCAUCAUCAUCAUCUCCAAUUCUGAAGAAAAGGUGUUGCAGAUGUUAUGGAAGCAAAUCCAGUGCUGCAAAUCACAAUGGACAAAAAUACUCAGGAGGCAGCCAUCUUAGAUCUGGGGCUGUUCAUUCUCGACAGAGCAGGGCAAUGAUGGUGACCAUGAACAAAGUCGACUCUGUGCCGAAGAAGACGAGACCUGUCGUUGGAAGCUGGCAGACGACGUCUGAAGAUGAGCUGUACGAUGUUGUUAUCGUUGGAGGAGGAAUGGCGGGCCAGGCAAUGGCUUGUGCUUUGGGUUUUGAACCAUCUCUUGGUGAUCAUAGAAUCCUAUUGUUGGAGCAGGGUAAGAGACCUAUGCAGUUGAACGAGCUUCCAUCAAAGUAUAGCAACAGAGUUUGUUCCCUCAACCAUAACUCGGUCAAACUUCUCACAGAUGUGGGAGCAUGGCAUCACAUGGCUGAGAUGCGAGUCAAACCAUUCAGGAGGAUGCAGGUUUGGGAUGCCUGCUCCGAUGCCCUCAUCGCAUUCAACAAGUCAGCUGACCUCUCAGAAGACAUGGCUUACAUUGUGGAAAACGACGUCACCAAUGCUGCCCUCUCCAGGCAGCUCGGGGAGAGAGGAAAUAUUGAAGUGCAGUAUGAAAAGAGACUGACCUCCAUCCAGAUCCCACCGCAGGGGUUAUUUGAAGAGGAGAGCUGGGCUCAACUCCAUCUGGAUGAUGAUAGCAUCAUUAAGACCAGGCUGAUCAUAGGAGCAGAUGGAGCCAGGUCUGGGGUGAGGAAGCUAGCUGGACUUAAGGAGAUAGGAUGGGACUAUGAUCAGUGGGGCGUGGUGGCUACUCUACAGCUGGCAGAGCCAACUGAGAACAUUGUAGCAUGGCAGAGAUUUCUCCCUUCAGGGCCUAUUGCAUUGCUGCCAUUGACCGAUGAUCAGAGUUCUUUAGUGUGGUCAACCAGUAAGGAACAUUCCAAGGAACUAGUCAACAUGGACGAACAGGACUUCACAGAAGCUGUCAACAAUGCUUUUUGGGAUGAUAGCCACCACAAUCAGUCUGUAGAUGCUGCCACUCAGCUCUUUGAAGGUUUGCUGUCAGUCAUCAAACCUGACGGGUCAUCUAUCCGUCAGCUCCCUCCCAGUAUCGCAGGGGUUGGUGCGAGCAGUCGAGCCUCCUUCCCCCUUGGAUUGUGCCAUGCACCGAGAUACAUCACAGACAGGGUGGCUCUUAUUGGAGAUGCAGCCCACAGAGUACACCCACUAGCAGGUCAAGGUAUCAACCUGGGUUUUGGUGAUGUCACAUCCCUUACACAGGUCUUAUCAGAGGCAGCCUCAAUGGGAAAAGAUCUAGGUUCCGUAUCUCAUCUGGAGGAGUACGAGACACAGCGACAGCGUCACAUUCUCCCCGUCAUGGGUACCAUAGAUGCUCUCAAGAGACUCUACUCUACCGAUAACCCUGCAGCAGUACUCAUCAGGAGUCUGGGGUUACAGGCCACCAAUGCUCUGGGACCUAUCAAAGAUCGCAUCAUUGCUUCAGCUGCCACAUGAGAUAUUGAUUUUGAAAUAUAAGUUGUAAAAUGUGAACAAUAGCUUCAUCGAACAUUUCACAAAAUGAGCAGAAAGAGCAGACUCUCACCGAGAGGUGAGCCAAUCAAGUGGUUCACUGCAUCUCAGAAUAACUUCAUGAUUGCAAAUCAGGUGAUCAUGUGAUAGUUUGAUGCAGAUUCCAAACCAAUGCAAGGAGUUGACAUUUGAAUGUGAAAGGACAUUUUCUUGGAGCUGUGAAGUGCCAGCCUGCACUGUUAAUAAAUUCUGUUAGAGCAAAUGAGCGAUUUAAUACUAUCAUGUGUGAAUUACAGCAAUAUUGUUUUGAUUCUAUACCAAAGUGUUUUGAUAUCUCUGAUGCCACGGUUGUGUCUGAUGUAAUAUGCAUUUGGGUCAUUGAUUCCUCUUACAUUUCCUGUUGAUGUGGUAUAUAGAUAUAUAUAUAUAUAGAUAUAUAUAAAACUUGAUGGCCACAUGCACUGUCUUAAAUAGAGAUGCAUGUAUAAACUGAUUAGAGCUCAAAAUCAUUCAAUGUGAAGAUCUAACUUUCAAGGUCAUAUAUUCAGUCACACCAUUGUUUGCCCUGAAGUUACGACAACUAGAUGAUUGUUCAAACUUUGAGAAAUUCAACAUUAGGUUUGCCUUUUUUCCAUGUUUGUAGGGUAUUCCUAAAAAAGACUGUUGGGUGUGAAAGAGGAUUGAAAGUAAAGAGAGAAUGAAGGCGGAGUAUUUUUUUUGUUUUGUGUCCUAUGGAGGACUACUUGAGAUUGUUGAGAGUAAAGUAGAGAAACUGGGUAGUAGAGAAAGUUGUAUUCUGUCGUGUGUAAAGUCCUGAGAACUGAUGAACCAAGCUACGAAUGCCAAGGAAGAGACUUGGUCUCUCUUUCUUUCUCUCUUGGUUCAUUUGUCCUUUUCAGGACCUAACAACUAUCUCAAGUUAGUCCUCAAUGGGAUAGAACACGAUAAAAUACUUCUCCCUCCUUCUCUCUUCUCUGUAUAUUCCCUUCCGAACCCAACAUUCCUUUUUAGGACAACCUUAUUUUCUGAACCACAAACCUAUUAAAUGAUAUUUACACCAUCAUACAAAAUUAACCUCCAAGGAUCAUUUGGGUAAUGUGUUAUAAUCAUGUUCCUCUGAUAAAGCAUCCCAAGUGAAAAAAAUUCAACUUGAUAUAACUGUAUAUAAUACUUUGAAUUUAGCAUUGUCCUCUUUAUAUUAUAUAACUAUGAGAAGAUCAAAUAAUUGGAUUUUAGAUAAAAAGAGUUAUGGGUUAUUAAUGACAUUUGUUUUGCUGUUGUCAACAGAUCCAUUGUCUUCAUCGAUUGGUGUGCAUAACAGUGUUAUAUGUUAGUAUUACUGUGUUCCAUGCAUAUACCGGUAUUCAUUUUUUUUUAAAUAAAUGAAUGAAAUCAGAUA